AUUUACAUCAGCUGGGCAUGAAUAAUUCUAUUACGCGUUUUCUAUAACAUUUUGAAAGGUAGCUGGUAUUGGCAGUUUCAUCAAGACAAUCCAAGAAACACUACGAAGACGUGAUAUUUGGAUAGAUGAUACUUGUUGAUGAUACCAAUGACAUUAUAAUAUUAUAAUUAGUCUUACAGAAGAAAGAAGAGUUUGUUAUUCGUCCCAUGUCUCACCUGUGACGGUGUCAGUAAUAUUUGAAGACUGGCUAAGGUACAUAAGAAUACAAUGAAUGAGCUACUUGUCAAAAUUCUUUUGAUGAUCUAGAAAAAUGGACAAAAAAAGGGAAGAGAAUCAACCAUCAUUUAAUAAUGAAGUAGAAAUGAAGAAGACGAAUGACAAUGCAGAGAAUACACCCAACGAUGAUUUUGACGACGGAUUACCUAUAGACCGUGGAUGGGCCUGGGUCAUUGCCAUAGCCACACAAUUUAAUCAAAUGUUAAAAGUUGGAUAUGCAAGAGCUAUGGGACUAUUAUUCAUAGAAUUUCUUAAAGUAUUUAAAGCAUCGGCUACAGAAACAACUCUAAUUUCUGGAGUGAAGGCUGGAGUUUUUGGACUUUCAGUAUUUAUAUCGAUGCAGAUAUUAGUUGUUAGAUUACCUAUACGAUUUAUUGUCGCUCUUGGUGGAACACUGAGUGCAAUUGGUAUCAUGUCUUGUGCCUUUGCUACCGAAAUACAGCAAGUUGUUAUUCUCCAAGCAAUCUUCAUAGGAAUUGAUAAUUCUAUGAUCCACGGACCAGGUUUAGUUUUAGUUGGACAAUAUUUUAAAAAGAAACGAGGAUUAGGAACUGCUAUAUCUAACAGUGGUGUUAGUGCUGGUGCUGUUAUUGUCCCUCCUAUCGUUAAAUUAUUAUUAGAUCAUUACGGUUUAGAUGGGACACUGUUAAUUAUAGGUGCUAUUGAGUUAAAUGUCCUAGUCUUUGCGUGCUUGAUGAGACCAUUGGACAGCUUCAAAAGAAAACCAAAGCCUAAACAUGUGAAUAAUGAUAAUAUUAUAACUAAAAAUCGAAAUCCGUGUAAAAGUUUAGAUUUCACCGUAUGGAAACAACCGCAUUUCUUAAUGAUGGCAUUUAAUGCUUUUUGUGGGAAUUGCACAGUACUAUUUUUAGCUUAUUAUCCAGCUCAUGUGGUUGAGAAGGGGGCUAGUGAAAACGAUUCGGCUUUAUUUUUAUCAAUAGCGGGGGGAAUUGACUUCUUUGCUCGUCUAUUAGCAGGAUACAUUGCCGAUAGAGGUUGUUUUCGGAGAACUCAUAUCUGUGUGUUCUCUUUAUUCAUGACAGCUUUAAAUUGUCAUUGUAUCCGAUUCUACGAUAGCUAUGGAUUACAGCUAUUAGGAACCAUCGUAUAUGGCAUAUUUGGUGGAAUAUUUAAUUCAUUUACAGCUUUGCUUCUCAUGGAUUUUUUGGGCAGUGAUAAUUUAGCUCGAUCUUUAGGAUUUAUAAUGAUAUUGAAUGGCGUUGCUGUUAGUAUAUAUCAUCCUACUGUAGGGGCUCUAAGAGAUUACACCGGUUCAUUUAUACCAGCAUACCACUUUAUGGGUACAAUGCUUUCACUGGCAGCUUUGAUGCUGCUGUUAGAACCCUUUAUAGCUCGUUGUGCCAAACGCUUGCAAAACAGAACAGACGGAGCAGAGUAAUGAAUUAUGAAAGGAAAACCUAUAAUUAAUAAUUAUGCAAUUUCAGAUUCUGGUUCUUUAUGAAAUAUUAAAGAAUUGUUU